AUGAACGCCGUUCACAACCUGAUACGGAAACUAUCGCUGCGGUCGAAAAAGAAGAAUUCAAAGAAGAAUGCUCCGAAUUAUGAUUGGUCAACGUUGCCAUUUGAAAUUCUUGUCGAAAUAAUUGACAAGUUGAAUUUCUUCGAGCAAGUCCGACUGAGUCGUACGAAUACCACCAUCUACAAUUACGUUCAAUCCCGAUUUCGCCAGAUUAAAAAAAUUAAUGUUGUGAAAAAAGACAUCGACGAGGCAAUACGAAAUAAUCCCGAUUGGAGUCGACAUCCAAGAGAAUACGUCGCGAUUCGAUUUGAAGACGACACCGUCUACAUGCUGAUCGACGAACAAUGGACAGGUCGCGAUAUUAGAGCUCUUAUGGGAAUGAUGCGAGUGUUCCAUGAAUGGAUCGAAAUCGCUGAUAUUGAGGCGCCAAUUGUUGAACUGCUCGUUGUUUCAAAUUCGGACGUGUGUAUGGAGAGAUGGUACACCUUCCAUUGUACUAUGAAGCUGUUCAACACCUAUGACAGCGAACAUUUUCACUUCCUAUGCCCAUUGGUGGGAAAUCGUCAAGUUUAUUGGCCACAACUUCGCGAGCUCACCAUUCGCUCAGAGCAUUGGCAAACGAAUUAUUUGUCGCGAGUUCUGGAUUACGGUGUUAAAAGCGCUUAUAUAAUGAAUCGCCAAAUGAUCGACAAUAUCACCAUUGUGAUGGUGGACACCAAAGAACUGAGCAAACUCGCCAGAAAAAACCUUUGCCAAUUUCGCAACUGGAUUGGAUCUGCUGGAUGGGACCAUCGUUGCGAGACCAUCUUUCUGGGCGUCGAGAACAACAACGAAGUUUCUAAUUGA